GGGGAGCCCAACUGCAUAGAUAAUAGAUACAUCGGGUGCAAAAAGGGCGAAUUUCCGAGGUGAACCUUCAGAUCUCGACAUAUAACCCCAGUAUCGCGCCCCCAAGAUGGUCAAGUCUCGACCUCACAGAAACAAACAGCAUGUCGCUAUUACCGCUCCGAUCAACCAACAGACGGACCGCCCACUCCACGUUCUGGGCUGGGAAAUGGAAGGCCUACAUUGUGCCCAUGGUAUUGACUAGCUUCUUACUCCAGCUGCUCUUCCUCGGCAACAUGUCAUAUCUCUUCGGCGCCCUGCUCAAGUCAACCACCCGCAUGCACAAUCUCAAGAUCCUUGCCAUCGACUUUGACGGCGGUGACAUCGGAAAGGCCAUAUCCAGCGCCUACAGCAACUUGAAGUCUGACGAGUUUCCGAGCCUCGAAUUUAGCUCAUCGUCAGAGUACCAGACGCCCGAGUCAGUCCGCGAGGCUGUCUGCGAUCGUGGCUAUUGGGGCGCCGUCUAUACCCAUUCUGGCGCAUCCGAACGGCUCCUCACUGCGAUCGAAGGCGAUAACACCACGGUCUACAAUCCCAGCGAUGCCGUCACCUAUAUCUUCAAUGGCGCCUAUUAUCCUGCCGUUAGCUCAUCCUUCAAGGGCAGCCUGCAAACUCUCCUCAGCGUUGCGUCCAAACUUUACCCUUUCGCGUCUCCAGAUGCCUUGAAAGCCGUCAACAUGACCAACCCGAUGUCCGCAGGCGCUCUUCUCAACCCUUUUGAAGGAACCGCUUGGGAUAUCAUGCCCACCAACCAAGGAACUAGAGUUCUCCUAAACACCGUGUCAAUGGUGAUGCCGAUACUCAUGCAGUUCUUUUUCCAAAUGGCCUUGAAUGGCGUUAUGGGCAACGCGAAGGUACUAGAGACCCAGUCCAAGCGCGACAUCUACGUCUUCCGACUAGGUUCGAGCAAGGUCUACACCUUCAUUUCUGCUCUAGUAACGACUGGUUAUUUCUGGGCGUUCCGCGAGGGUUGGGGUGUGACAUCUGGCCAAUUCUUCGAGACGUGGAUGUGCAUCUGGUUCUACAUGGACAUCAACUAUCUUCUUCUCGAUACCGUCAUCGGCACCGUCAUUCCUAUGCAGUUCUUUUCUUUCUUCCUCCUCACAUGGAUCAUCGUGAACAUCGCUUCGACCGUCUACCCGUUCGACCUCACACCAGGCUUUUACCACUGGAGCUGGGCCUUACCCGCGCACAAUAUCUGGCUCUUGCUUGUCGGAAUUUGGUCCGGCUGCCGUUCGAGCCUCGAUGAAACUCUACCUAUUCUGUUCGCUUGGUGGCUUGUCGUCCACUUCAGCAGUGCUUGGUCAGUCCGAAGGAGGUGCUUGAUGGCUGAGGCUGAGGCUGAGGCACAGCGUGCAAGGCCCACAGGCGAUAAGUUCACUCAGAGCCAACAAUCUGUGCUUGGGAGGAUGUCGACCCGAGCCUCAGGGCAAGCUGCGAAAGAGAGAAGUUCGGAUAACUACGACUUGGAGGCGUAUCGACUUGAUGAGAGCCUACCCAACGGUGACGCUGGGGGGACAAUGAUCAAUGCGCCACUGUCUACAGAAUAGCGUGACAGUGCAAAAGCAAAGAGGAAAUAGACACUGAUACAGAGAAGUGUGUCCUUCAGUCCUACCGGCGAAGGAAUCAUGGCGUUCUUCAUGGUGCGAAUCAGACAUUGUGAGCAGAGAAUAAGUAGCUGAUAAAAUCAGUUACCUGCAGACAUAGAAUCUGGUUGCUGGUAUACUUUACAAUUUGGUAUUUCAAUAGUUAA